UGUUUAGUAAUGUCCGCUGGUGGCGGGUGUACGUGAAUAAGCGUGAUUACAUUUUUUACGAUUUUUAUUUAUUUUAUAAAAGCUGUAAAAAAUAUUUUAAUCGUGAAGAACUAAAUUUUUUUUGAGUCUUUUUUAUUUCUUUGAGUGUUGUGUAGUGGCGUAAAUUGGAUGGUAACGAUUUAAACAGGCGAUGCCGACAAUAGGCUCACCCCGAAUGGAUCGAUAUCGGUGACUUCGAGCUUGCUGUUAAUUUGCUACGCCGUAAGGGGUGGUAGAAGAUGGAGAAAUCAGCACGACCACGAACGGCUCUCAAUGAGUGUGUUAAGGUGGUGGUGCGAUGCAGACCUCUCUCGGAAAAGGAGAAGAAUGAGGGUUACGACGAGGUGAGGAAGAUCCGGCCGGAACAGAAAUGGUACGAGCGUCUGUCCACGAAGCCGACUCCGGACAAUAAAAUCUUUAAAAGUCCCUUGCAGGUGGUGAAGGUGUGGGCGGAGCGCGGCGCGGUGCAGGUGUACAACCCGAAGGGCCAGGACAAGCUGUUCACGUACGACGCUGCCUACGACUGCACCGCGGACACGCAGACCAUCUACGAUGAGAUGGUCCGGCCGCUGGUGGCGUCCGUGCUGGACGGCUUCAACGGGUGCGUGUUCGCUUACGGGCAGACGGGUACGGGCAAGACGCACACGAUGGAGGGUACGGCCGAGCACGAGGGCAUCAUCCCGCGCGCCUUCCGACACAUCUGGGCGCACAUCGAGAACAACGCCUCGCCGGACAUCACGCACCUCGUGUCCUGCUCCUACGUCGAGCUCUACCUCGAGGACGUCCGGGACCUGCUGGCGAAGGACUGCAAGAAGCUCACUAUUAGAGGACAGGAAAUAUUAAAACUAGUUGAAAGUUUGCAACAUUUCCAACCAGUUGCAGUGAUAAUGACCUUCAAAGAUAUUUCAGCGCUGAAAUCUGCCGCUGACAACUUCGCAAUUAUCUCGGACGAGCGAAACGACGCGUGUGGUGCUAACGAAAGCGAGUUGAACGGGUUCUACAUCCCGGAGAUGACGUCGGUGGUGUGCAAGUCCGCGGCGGAGAUGGUCCGCGUGAUGCGCGCCGGCAACCGCAACCGCGCCGCCGGCCGCACCGACAUGAACGAGCACUCGUCGCGCAGCCACGCCGUGUUCCUCGUCACCGUCGAGACGGCGCACCGCACCACCAACCGCAUCCGCGUGGGCAAGCUGAACCUCGUGGACCUGGCGGGCAGCGAGCGGCAGCGCAAGACGGGCGCGGGCGGCGAGCGCCUGCGCGAGGCGGCGCGCAUCAACCAGGCGCUCUCCUCGCUCGGGAACGUCAUCUCCGCGCUGGCGGAGAACAGCCCCCACGUGCCCUACAGAGACUCAAAGCUGACACGAAUACUCCAAGACUCGCUGGGUGGAAACAGCAAGACGAUCAUGAUCGCGAACAUCGGUCCCGCCUCCUACAACUACGACGAAACCAUCACGACGCUGCGGUACGCGCAUCGGGCCAAGGCGAUCAAGAACAAGCCGGUGCGUAACGAAGACCCGAAGGACGCCAAGCUCAGAGAGUAUCAAGCAGAAAUCGAGCGCCUGCGCGCGCUCAUCGAGAGGCGUCACGCGGCCGAGCGCCGGAAGAGACCGCCGCGCGCGCGAGCCAAACAUGAGCCGGAAGAAGAGACAGCCAGUCUCGAAAGCGAGCACAUCCUGGCGGAAUCGACGAUAGAACAAGAAAAAACGAAGACUGAGGAAAUAGAGAACCAAAUCAAAGCGCUUGAAGAGCGGUUGGUGCAGGGUGGCGGCGGCAAGGACCUCAUCAACAAUCUUAAUGAGACACAGAUGAUCCUCGAGCAGCGAAACUUAGAGAUUGCGGAGCGAAAGAAACGCGAAGUGGAAAUGCAGCAGAAGAUCGACCUGGAGGAGGAGACCACCGCCAUCGUCACCAAUACCUUCGCCACGCUGCAGCAGGAGGUAGACCAUAAAACGCAACGGUUAAAGAAGUGCCUGUCGAAGUACGCGUGCCUGCGCGAGGAGAUGGUGGAGCAGCGCGAGGCGCACGACGCGGAGCGGCGCGAGCACGAGGCGCUGCAGGCGGCGCUCAUCGCCGAGCUGCGGCGGCGCCUGCUCGUGGCCGACAGCUUCGUGCCCGAGGCCGGCCGCUCCACCGUGCUGCGCCUGCGCUACAACGACGACGCCGACGCCUGGGAGCUGCCCGAGCACGCGGGCGCCGAGCCGCUGGCCGAGCGGCCCACGGCGGCGGGCGCGCGCCGGCCCACGUGCGCGCCGGCGCUGGCGGGCGAGCCGCGGCGCCGCGCCGACAACCUGCUGGACCUGCGCCCGCUGCCGCUGCCGCCCACCGCGCGCCGCUACGUGCCGCCCGCCCCCGCGCCCGCCCCCGCGCCUCCCGCCGCGCUCAAGGCGCGCCCGCCGGCCACGGAGGUGGUGUCCAAAAAGGAGCCAGUCACAGAGAAGAGGCGGCUGUCGGGCGCAGUGCGGCCGCGCGCGCCGUCCGCGCUGCAGCGGCUGGGCACGGCCGGCGUGCGGUAG